AAAUCUUGCAAUGCGACCAUGGGGAAUACUUUAUUAUAGCAUUAUUUUAUGUUAUCAUGGUGGUCCCUGCUAGCUGGUGAUGGUAAAGUGCUGCUAGUCUUUCAAGGCGGUUGUCGAGUUUUUUUAUUAUUCUUUUUUUGGGGUUUUGUUCUUAUAUUUCGAUUGGUGAUGGAUUCUGGGUUUGCUGCACGAGUUUGGGAUUCUUAUUUCCAACUUCUUCUUCGAACUGGUUCUUCAACUCAUCGUCACAGUCACAGAUAACAGCUGCCCUUUGCAUUUCCUCUGCUGUUUAUCGACCAAAAGUAUCAGGAGAAAAUGUCUUUGUCGAGGCAAAGCCACUCAUCUAACAACUCUGGGAGAUCAAGGCACAAUGCUCGAGUUAUCGCUCAAACCACUGUAGAUGCAAAACUCCAUGCAGAAUUUGAGGAGUCCAGUAGCUCCUUCGACUAUUCGAGUUCAGUGCGUGUAAGUGGAGACCGGCAACCAAGGUCAGACAAGGUUACCACAGCAUAUCUCCAUAAUAUACAGAAAGGCAAGUUUAUCCAACCCUUUGGGUGCUUGCUAGCCUUAGAUGAGAAAACUUACAAGGUCAUAGCAUAUAGUGAGAAUGCCCCUGAAAUGUUGACCAUGGUUAGUCAUGCAGUCCCGAGUGUUGGGGACUACCCGGUUCUCGGCAUUGGAACUGACAUAAAAACUAUUUUUACUGCUCCAAGUUCCUCUGCAUUGCUGAAGGCCCUAGGAAUUGGGGAGGUUUCUCUUUUGAAUCCGAUCUUGGUCCAUUGCAAGACUUCCGGGAAGCCCUUUUAUGCAAUAGUCCAUAGGGUAACAGGGAGCUUAAUCAUUGAUUUUGAACCUGUGAAGCCCUAUGAAGUCCCCAUGACUGCAGCGGGAGCCUUGCAGUCGUACAAGCUAGCAGCAAAGGCAAUUACUCGCUUGCAGUCUCUUCAUAGUGGGAGCAUGGAGAGGCUCUGCGAUACGAUGGUGCAGGAGGUUUUCGAGCUCACUGGUUAUGACAGGGUGAUGGCCUAUAAAUUCCAUGAUGAUGACCAUGGGGAAGUAGUUUCUGAGAUAACAAAGCCUGGCCUAGAGCCAUAUUUAGGUUUGCAUUAUCCAGCCACUGACAUCCCUCAGGCUGCUAGAUUUUUGUUUAUGAAGAAUAAAGUUCGUAUGAUUGUCGAUUGUCGAGCGAAACAUGUAAAAGUAUAUCAAGAUGAUGAGCUUCCUUUUGACCUAACGUUUUGUGGUUCAACCCUGAGGGCUCCUCACAGCUGCCAUUUACAGUACAUGGAGAACAUGAAUUCCAUUGCUUCUCUGGUUAUGGCUGUCAUCACCAAUGAUGGAGAUGAAGAGGGUGAUAACACUGAUUCCUCACAACAAAAGCGAAAAAGAUUGUGGGGUUUGGUAGUAUGCCAUAACACUACUCCUAGGUUUGUUCCAUUCCCUCUCAGGUAUGCCUGUGAGUUUCUUGCUCAAGUAUUUGGCAUCCAUGUCAAUAAGGAGUUAGAGUUGGAAAGUCAAAUGAUGGAGAAGAAUAUCCUUCGUACGCAGACCCUUUUGUGUGAUAUGCUAAUGCGUGAUGCACCCGUGGGUAUCGUAUCACAGAGUCCAAAUAUAAUGGAUUUGGUGAAAUGUGAUGGGGCUGCCUUAUUAUACAAGGACAAGGUAUGGAAACUAGGAUUAGCUCCAAGCGAUUCCCAACUGUAUGAGAUAGCAUCGUGGCUUUCCGAGUAUCAUAUGGAUUCCACGGGUCUGAGUACCGAUAGCUUGAAUGAUGCUGGGUUCCCGGGGGCUUUGAGACUUGGCGAUGUAGUUUGUGGGAUGGCAGCGGUGAGGAUAACCACAAAGGACAUGCUUUUCUGGUUCCGGUCUCAUACUGCUGCUGAAAUUAGAUGGGGUGGUGCAAAGCAUGAACUUGGUGAGAAAGAUGAUGACAGGAAGAUGCACCCAAGGUCAUCGUUCAAGGCUUUCCUUGAAGUUGUCAAGACUAGGAGUUUGCCAUGGAAGGACUAUGAAAUGGAUGCAAUCCAUUCUUUGCAGCUUAUUCUACGGAACGCGUUCAAAGAUGUGGAGAUGACGGAUACAAACACUAAUGUCAUAUACUCGAAGCUCACUGACCUCAAAAUAGAUGGGAUGCAAGAGCUGGAGGCAGUGACAAGUGAGAUGGUUCGUUUAAUCGAAACAGCUACCGUGCCAAUUUUGGCAGUCGAUGUUGAUGGCUUAGUUAAUGGUUGGAAUAUGAAAAUCGCCGAAUUGACUGGUCUUUCAGUUGAUAAGGCAAUUGGAAGGCAUUUACUCACACUUCUUGAAGAUUCAUCAGUUGAAAUAGUCAAGAAAAUGUUGUCCUUGGCAUUGCAGGGCAAGGAAGAAAAAAACAUCCAAUUUGAGAUCAAAACUUAUGGGUUGAAGUCCAAUGCUGGUCCAAUUAGUUUGGUUGUCAAUGCUUGUGCGAACCGGGAUCUCCAUGAAAAUGUUGUGGGGGUUUGUUUUGUGGCACAAGAUAUAACUGGUCAGAAAAUUGUCAUGGACAAAUUUACCCGGAUCGAAGGUGAUUACAAAGCAAUUGUGCAAAAUCCAAAUCCACUGAUUCCACCAAUUUUUGGUAUGGAUGAAUUUGGCUGGUGCUCUGAGUGGAAUCCAGCAAUGACUAAGUUAACUGGGUGGAACCGAGAUCAAGUAAUAGAUAAAAUGCUGCUGGGGGAGGUUUUCGGGACACACAACGCGUGCUGCUGUCUCAAGAACAAUGAAUCUUAUGUCAAUCUUGGUGUUGUACUUAAUAAUGCUGUGACUGGUAAUGAGUCCGAAAAAGUUCCUUUCGGGUUCUUUGCUCGUAACGGGAAGCAUGUGGAAUGCUUGUUAUGUGUGAAUAAGAAAUUGGACAGUGAGGGUGCUGUCACUGGUGUCUUUUGUUUCUUGCAGCUUGCUAGCCAUGAGCUGCAACAAGCACUUCAUGUGCAGCGAUUAACGGAGCAAACUGCCGUGAAGAGAUUGAAAACAUUGGCUUAUCUGAAAAAGCAGAUCCAUAAUCCCCUCUCUGGUAUUGUUUUUUCUAGUAAAAUGAUGGAGGGCACGGAGCUGGGACCGGAACAAAAACGCCUUCUGCAGACUAGUACCCUGUGCCAGAACCAGCUCAGGAAGAUACUCGACGAUUCGGACCUGCAUACCAUCAUCGACGGUUACGUGGAUCUCGAAAUGAUGGAAUUCACCCUGCAUGAGGUAUUGAUGGCUUCCAUCUGUCAAGUGAUGGUAAAGUGUGACGGGAAACGCAUCCGAAUAGUCAAUGAUACGGCGGAAGACAUCAUGUCCGAGACCUUAUAUGGAGAUAGUGUCAGACUUCAACAGGUCGUAGCCGACUUCUUGUUGAUAUCGGUUAAUUUUACACCACAAGGAGGCCAGCUUCUUGUUGUAGCUAACUUGACCAAAGAUCAACUAGGACAAUCUGUUCACCUUGCACAUUUAGAGCUCAGGAUAACGCACGCAGGUAGUGGAGUACCUGAAGCGCUGCUGAACCAAAUGUUCGGAAGCGAUGAAGAUGCAUCAGAGGAGGGUAUCAGUUUGCUGAUCAGCCGAAAUUUGGUAAAACUCAUGAAUGGAGAUAUCCAGUAUUUAAGGGAAGCCGGCAGGUCGACGUUCAUCGUGACGGUUGACCUUGCGGCAGCGAAAGGUCCGGAUUCGAGAACCUAACUGAUUUAAUUGGAGGUGAUUUGACAAUGUUGUACAGUUAAGGGGAACUUUAGAAGUUCGGCAAUGCAUUUUG